AUGGCAAGCACUUAACCACUAUGCUUACCGUGAUGCAGUGUUCCUUGCGGAAAGAUUAUAUGCAGAAGGCUUGCAGAAGGAGAGCAGAUCUUAUCUGGUGGAGUGUUGAAUAAACAGAAAAGCCAUGAUGACAUUGUUAUGGAGUUUGGUGACUCUGCAUGCUUUACACUCUCCUUACUGGGACAUGUCUACUGCAAGACAGACCGGCUUGCCAAAGGAUCAGAAUGUUACCAAAAGAGCCUUAGUUUAAAUCCGUUCCUCUGGUCCCCUUUUGAGUCGCUAUGUGAAAUAGGUGAAAAACCAGACCCUGACCAAACAUUUAAGUUAACAUCGUUGCAGAACUUCAGCAGCUGUCUGCCUAACACUUGCACAACGUUGGUAUCUAAUCACAACAUAUCCCAUAGACAGCCUGAGACUGUCCUUAUGGAAACGCCACAAGACACAAUUGAGUUGAACAGAAUCAACCUAGAAUCCUCCAAUUCAAAAUAUUCCUCCUUGAACACAGAUUCUUCUAUGUCUUACAUUGACUCGUCUGUAAUAUCUCCAGAUGCUGUCCCUCUUGGGUCAGGAACUGCCAUAUUGUCUAAACAGGCUCAAAAUAAACCAAAAACUGGUCGGAGUUUACUGGGGGGACCUGCAGCUUUGAGCCCACUAACUCCAAGCUUUGGAAUUUUGCCACUAGAAACCCCAAGCCCUGGAGAUGGAUCGUAUUUACAAAACUACACAAACUCUUCUUCUGUAAUUGAUGUGCCAACCACCGGAGCACCUUCAAAGAAGACUGUCAGCAGGAUAAGCCAAGCUGGAACAAAAUCUGUCUUCUCACAGAGCGGAAAUAGCCGGGAAGUCACUCCAAUUCUUGUUGCACAAACACAGAGCUCUGGCCCACAGACAAGUACAACACCUCAGGUACUGAGCCCAACAAUUGCUGCUCCACCAAAUGCACUGCCUCGAAGAAGCUCUCGCCUAUUUACCAGUGAUAGCUCUACAACAAAGGAAAAUAGCAAAAAAUUAAAAAUGAAGUUUCCACCUAAGAUUCCAAACAGAAAAACAAAAAGUAAAACAAAUAAGGGAGGAAUAACUCAACCAAACUUAAAUGACAGUUUGGAAAUUACCAAACUGGACUCUUCCAUCAUUUCAGAAGGGAAAAUUUCCACUGUGGCACCACAGAUCCAGGCUUUUACACUACAGAAGGCAGCAGCAGAAGGUUUGAUGAGCCUUCUCCGUGAUAUGGGGAAAGGUUAUUUAGCCUUGUGUUCAUACAACUGCAAAGAAGCGAUAAAUAUUUUAAGCCAUUUACCGUCCCACCACUACAACACUGGCUGGGUGCUAUGCCAAAUUGGGAGAGCUUACUUCGAACUUGCAGAAUAUAUGCAGGCUGAGAGAAUAUUUUCAGAAGUAAGGAGGAUUGAAAACUACAGAGUAGAAGGCAUGGAGAUCUAUUCGACUACACUGUGGCAUCUGCAGAAAGAUGUUGCUCUUUCGGUUCUUUCAAAGGAUUUGACGGACAUGGAUAAAAACUCACCAGAGGCAUGGUGUGCUGCAGGAAACUGUUUCAGCUUGCAACGAGAGCAUGACAUUGCAAUCAAGUUCUUCCAGAGAGCCAUUCAAGUUGAUCCAAACUAUGCUUAUGCCUACACCCUGUUGGGGCAUGAAUUUGUGUUAACAGAAGAACUAGACAAAGCAUUAGCUUGUUUUAGAAAUGCAAUCAGAGUCAACCCUAGGCACUAUAAUGCAUGGUAUGGGUUGGGAAUGAUUUAUUACAAACAGGAAAAGUUCAGUCUAGCAGAAAUGCAUUUCCAGAAAGCACUCGAUAUCAAUCCUCAGAGCUCAGUCUUACUGUGUCACAUCGGAGUAGUCCAGCAUGCACUGAAAAAAUCUGAAAAGGCUUUGGAUACUUUAAACAAAGCUAUUAACAUUGACCCCAAGAACCCACUAUGCAAAUUCCAUAGAGCUUCUGUAUUAUUUGCAAAUGAAAAAUACAAGUCUGCUUUACAAGAACUUGAAGAACUGAAACAGAUUGUUCCCAAAGAGUCUCUUGUUUACUUUUUAAUAGGAAAGGUUUAUAAAAAACUGGGUCAAACACAUUUGGCCCUAAUGAAUUUCUCAUGGGCAAUGGACUUAGAUCCCAAAGGAGCCAAUAACCAGAUUAAAGAGGCCAUUGAUAAACGUUACCUUCCAGAUGAUGAGGAACCAAUAACUCAAGAAGAGCAAAUCAUUGGCACAGACGAAUCCCAAGAGAGCAGCAUGACGGAUGCAGAUGACACACAGCUCCACGCAGUGGAAAGUGAUGAAUUUUAA